AAACAAUUAUAUCAGGUGAACAAGACUUUGAUGAGGAUGAGUUGAAUAUAUUGUUGGUAUGGUUGUCUACUGCUUGGUUGCGUAGGUCCAUGCACAGGACAGAACGUAUUAGGAAUAGUGUAUUGACAGGACCCGAAUGGGUUAGCGAGCUUCUUCAUGGACAUUCGGAUAGAGUAUACGAAGCAUUUAGAAUGGAGAGACAUGUUUUUCUUAACCUUUAUGGUUUGCUCAAGUCAAGAGGUUGGUUGGCAGACAGUCGAUAUGUUAGGGUAGAUGAACAGGUUGCCAUGUUUUUAUUAAUGAUUUGUCACAAGAACUCCAACAGAGCUGUAUGUGAGAGAUUCCAACGUUCAGGAGAGACUGUCAGCAAGUACUUUGGUGCGGUGUUGAAAGCUGUUUUGGAAUUGGCGAAGGAGAUUACCGUACCUCCUUCGUUUGAUGUUGUCCCAGAAGAAAUUCGGAUUGAGCCAAAGUUUAAUCGUUACUUCAAUGGGUGCAUAGGCGCUAUGAAUGGCACCCAUAUUCAUGCUACCGUACCUGAACGUAUGCAAACACGAUUUAGAGGCAAAUACUACGCCGUCGAUUCUGGUUAUGCUUCAAGUCCAGGAUUUUUAACACCAUUUAAAGGCAAACGGUAUCAUAUACCAGAAUUUUGACGAAGUGGGGGACCAAC